ACUCGCUCACUCAACACUGCCGCUGAAGACAGGGAGAAAGGAGAGAAGGCAUGGCGACCGUCCGCACACUGCCCAUCGCCCUGCUGCUCACGUUGUGGUUCGCCGCCUGCGUCUGCGCCUGCGCGGCCACAGCAAGGAAGCCCACGAACAGGUAUAUUUCGUACGCGCCCGUUCGUGGGCCAAGAGGCGGGAACGACGGGGGGGUCCCUCCGGGUUGUUCGGCUCUAACCAAGUGUGCCGGAAGGCAGCCUCCAAGCCUCCGCGGCCGCCGACCACCGAAGGCUGGCGCCACGACGGCGGCCGCAGCAGUAUCGCAGUCGCAGGGCCUUGCUGCUUUGCAGACGGCUUCGACCAAGGGUGGCGCCAAGGCGUUUGCCGGCGGUGCAAAGGUGGACUACAUAACAAAGCCAUGAUGCAGUGCCAAUUCUCAAGGGACAAGGGCGGCCGUUUGGCUGUCCCAACCGCUCGUAACUGCUGGGACCGGACGCUAGUUCUGAAGCAGAAGAAUAAAGAAAGUGCUAGUAAAGCCUUAAACGACUGGGAGACGUAACCACGUAUAUAUUGUAUUUGCUCAGCCUGUGAGCUACCCUAUAUGUGUGUGUGCCCUUGAACGACUGCUAUAUUUUGUUUCGAGUGAUCCUUGACAAAAGGAAAUUUUAAUUCGCUAUAGAUAUAAUAUAUGAAGGAGCUAUCAUGUAAAAUCCAGAAGAUAUGAUCAAUAAUAAGAGUCUCAAUGACAAAAGCU